CUCACACACAUUUCCUAUAUAUGUGUUCCUUAAUUUCUUUCUAACCUCUCUUCCUUCCGAUUACUUUUUGAUCAUAACGCGAUCGCCAAUACGAUUUCAGGGUUUCAGCAGGUUGAAAUAAGUGAUUUAUUAUAAUCAAAAUGUCAUCUCCAAGCAAGAGAAGAGAAAUGGAUGUAAUGAAAUUGAUGAUGAGUGAUUAUACAGUGGAGACGAUAAAUGAUGGUCUCAAUGAAUUUAAUGUGGAGUUUCAUGGUCCAAAAGAAAGCCUUUAUGAAGGUGGAGUCUGGAAAAUACGUGUUGAGCUUCCUGAUGCUUACCCAUACAAAUCCCCUUCUAUUGGCUUUGUGAACAAAAUAUUCCACCCAAAUGUUGAUGAGUUAUCUGGCUCGGUAUGCUUGGAUGUCAUUAACCAGUCUUGGAGUCCAAUGUUUGAUCUUUUAAAUGUUUUCGAAGUUUUUCUUCCUCAACUUUUACUUUAUCCAAAUGCUUCGGAUCCUCUCAAUGGUGAUGCAGCAUCGUUAAUGAUGAAGGAUAAAAAAUUGUAUGAUCAGAAAGUUAAAGAGUAUUGUGAGCGGUAUGCUAAGAAGGAAAACAUUACGAAUUCUACAGCUGAUGAGGAGAGUGGAGAUGAGGAAGACAUCAGUGAAGAAGAAAGUGGAUCUAGUGAUGAUGACAUUCCUGGUCACGUUGAUCCUUAAAUGGAUUUAGUGGUCUUCCAUUUAUACCUCUAAAGGGUCCAUGUAAUACAAAUCAAAGCAUUGUUACAUGAUUAUCACUUGUUAAAUUAUAAGACGUAGGAGAUUAUAUAUACACUAUUUUUCUGCCUGUAAAAAUACAACUCUCAUUCGUCAGUAAUUUCAUGAAAAGGUAUAAUGUAAUGUGUAGUUAGAGUUUUAAUCGUAGUUUACCUUUUGUCUUCAUUAUUUUGAAACCAAGAAAUCUAGGAAGAUACUUGCCGAAAUGUGGGAGUAUUUACAAUGAUGGAAAUAUGCCAUUUGCUGAUGUACUUAAAUAAA